GGGCCGAGAGCAGAGUACCGCUUCAUUCCCUCUGCAGAACCCAGGCAGAAAGCUGCUCAUCACAGUGCACCAGAGACUGGUUCCCAGUCUCAUUGCUGAGACCACUGCAGCUGAAAAACUGGACCCACCGCGGCGGCAUGUGGACCUUCCAAUCAUCCUUUCCAGUUUAAUACGCGGAUCCCUUCCCAAGGUGAUAGUCUGAGGCAGACUGCAAGAUGCCGGAACAGAGCAAUGAUUACAGGGUUGUGGUGUUCGGAGCGGGAGGCGUGGGUAAGAGCUCGCUGGUACUGAGGUUCGUCAAAGGGACUUUCCGGGAGAGCUACAUCCCCACGAUUGAAGACACUUACCGCCAGGUCAUCAGCUGCGACAAGAGCAUCUGCACUUUACAGAUCACUGACACCACGGGGAGUCACCAGUUCCCGGCUAUGCAGCGCCUGUCCAUCUCCAAAGGGCACGCCUUCAUCCUCGUGUACUCCAUUACCAGCAAACAGUCCCUGGAAGAGCUGAAGCCCAUCUACGAGCAAGUAUGUCAGAUCAAGGGGGACGUGGAGAGCAUCCCCAUCAUGCUGGUGGGCAACAAGUGCGAUGACACCCUGAGGGAAGUGCAGGCCAGCGACGGCGAGUCCCAGGCCAAGCGCUGGAAGUGCGGCUUCAUGGAGACCUCGGCCAAGACCAACCACAAUGUCAAGGAGCUCUUCCAGGAGCUGCUGAACCUGGAGAAGCGCAGGGCCGUGAGCCUGCAGAUCGACGGCAAGAAAUCCAAGCAGCAAAAGAGGACAGAGAAACUCAAGGGCAAGUGUGUCGUUAUGUGAACUGUGGCCAGCCGAAUAGCAACAAAAUUACAGACCACCCCCCGCCCUCCCCCACCCACCGGACAACAAACUCCCAACCGAUCAGACUCAGCACAGAGAGGCCGGCACGGGGCAAAGUGACCCUGUGGCCGCCCCACAUGGGUUUAUCUCAAAGAUGAAACAUGUCCUCUUUUGUCCAUUGAGCCAAAAUUAAGUUUGCAAAUAUAACGUCCCAUUACAGAACUAUCAGGUUGCUAUGAUGGAAGAGGCGUAUAUUCGUAAUAAUUAAAUAGCUCAGCUCCUUGUUUAAAUGAUCUGAAUGCACCAUAAAUAUUUAUAUUCCAGUACAAGCAACUAAUAAAAGCACACUCAUUUUGACGUGUUCAGUCACUUUUUUUAUUUAAUAAAACAUAGGGGCAUAUUCACAACAAAUAGCACCUUAUUAAUGCAAGCAGAUAUCCAUUUUAGCAGAUUUUUUAAAAAAAUCGAUAGACAAAUAGUUUCAAUCAAUACAGUUAAAAGUCACGAUAACGGGCUAUUGAUUUAAGCUAUUUAUAUAAUAAAUACAUUUAACCUUGCAUGAGGUUUCACAUUAUAAAAUGCAUAUUCUGAAGUCAGUGCAGGAUGCUCAGUCCUGGUGAGUUUCUCAUUACAGCAUCACUUUUUCUCAAUUUUUCUUAAAGGCAAGGGAGGGGAUUGUGGGGGAACAAUCUAAUUAAAUAGCACAUGAUCUUGUACCUCUUAGUUCAUUUAGCAUAGCAUCAGUCAAUCAAUAAUAAAGAAAUGCAUAGCAACGUCGUUUUUAAACUGCAAGAUCCUUUCUUUCAUUUAUAAAUAAAAUGAAAAGUUUGUACGUCCAUGUAACCGGUUUUGUGCACUCAAUACACGAGCAAGGAAUUAUGACGCGGGGAAACUUACAAAUUAAAAAGCAAAAGGCAGGGGAAUUCGAUCUAAUGUCACUCGAUAUUGGAAGAAAGCUGGCAGAAGUUUAGAUAUAUUUAAAUAAAGUAUUGAUCCGACUGAGGGAAAUGAUAGUUAAUUUAUACAGACUUAUUCUUCCAAAUGCUCCACACCGAAAUAUCUUUUCCCCCCCGGAGCAACUUGCUAUGACAUAGAAAGAAAGCAAUUGUAUUUACUCUGUUCAGAAGCAUCAAAGUAUAUUUCAUUAUUGUUAUUUACAAAUGCCUGUACAUAAGUCAUCUGUGCCUCUAACUUUCUAUACUUCCUAUGCUGUAUAUUUCAAAUCGACAAUAAAAUAGUUGAGUUUA